AUGCAGCUCCUCAAUCUUCCGCACGAUAUUCUCCUGGAGAUAUGGGACGCCCUUGAUCCUAAGAGCGACGAGGGCUCCAGGAAUGCACUGGUUCAGACAUGUCGCUAUUUUAGAGUUAACUUCGACUUUCGUCUUUACCGGGGCACCGUAAAGGUGACGGCACCCUCAGUCGGCGCAUUAGAAUGGGCUGCACGACAUGGUCAAGUGUGGACCAUCCAGAAGCUGCUGAACGCCGGGCUCUGUCCUGACAAUGACACGAGUAUGGCGAUUCUGGCUGCAGCAUAUUGUGGUCACCGAGAUGUUGUACAAACGCUGCUCUGGCAUGACUUCAACCCCAAUGAGAAACAUCAAUGUGGUUUCUGCAGACCGAUACACCGCGCCGCUGCACAGGGCCAUGUGGAGAUCAUUAAGGACCUUCUGGAGGCUGGGGCAGAUAUCGAGGCAGUGGACCAUGAUGAUGAGACUGCCUAUGCAAACGCAGUCAUUGAGGGCCAAGCCAAUGUAGUAUCUUUCUUCCUUGAGAGAGGUACAUCCACAGAGACUCAUAUCCACGGGCGUGGCUCAUCAUUAGCAUGGGCAGCGCGGUAUGGAAAGAUAGAUGUCAUGAAAACACUCCUAGAGGCUGGUGCUGAUAUUGAGGCCACCACGGAAGAGGGAGGAACCAUCCUUCACUGGGCAGCAUUGCGGGGACAACCAAAGUCUGUGGCGCUUUUACUUGACAAAGGCGCUGCUUCUGAUGUCCCAGACUGGCGCGGCCACACUCCUCUGCACUUUGCAUGCUUUAAUCGAGGUCCGACGGAGACCAUCACCCUUCUUUUACAACACAAUGUCGAGAUCAACAGGCGAGGUCUGAGUAAUGGGAGAACGCCACUAGCGGUUGCCGCUUCUCUUGGCUUUGCAGAUGCGAUCAAGCCUUUAUUAGAACGUGGCGCCGACCCAGCUAGUAAAGAUGUGGAUGGUUGCACCCCGCUUGCACUCGCUGCUCGAUUCGGUCAUGCUAGUACUGCGCUAGCUCUGCUAGAAGUGGAUGCAGACGCUAGGAAAAAGUACAUAGACAUACCUGACAAAUGUGGUCGAACGCCCCUUUUCCUAGCCACCUUAUACGGCCAUGAACAAAUAGUUCGAAUACUGCUCGCCAAGGGAAGUUUGGCAAGAAAGAAAGAGACCUGCGCCGGUCGGAGCCCCCUAUCCUUUGCCAAUGACCAUCAAGUAGGAGAAAAUAAUCUCCGGGCCGUUUGGGAAUGGCUUGCCUGUCCGUAUUAUGCCGACAUUGACCUUGUUGCUGUACAGGAUGUGUCCGACAAGGCACGUCAUUUAGAUGUGGACGCCAGAUGUGAUCAAUGCCAAUUUGCACUUUCUCAGUACGAUAACCAUUUUCAUUGCGCAAUUUGUCAUAACGAUGACUUUGACAUUUGUAUGGAUUGCCUUGGUGGUGGUUUUACAUGUUUGGAUCCAUCGCAUGUUCUGCAGAAGUGUUGCUCGGUGAAUGGUAACUGGGUGCCUGCCUACUUCUGA